ACACUUUUCUAUUCAUUGGAUUGAAUCUUUGUUUGCUGUAGAUUGUGUUUUUCUUCUUCUUCUUGGUGCCGUCUACAAUACCGCGAUGUCUCUCGCCCAUUCCAUUGCUACUGAUGGUUCGCACAUCUUCUACCACUCUGACUCUGGCAAAUACCUCUUUUUGAGUGGGGACGCCGGAGCCUCGGUCUCAGAGUCGCUUCCUGCCAUCUACCUGAAAUUGACCUUAGGAGCAAGCACCCCGGUCUCGUGUAUUAUUGGUACGAUCAAGUUGAAGAUCAACCGAUAUGUCAUCGUUGCUGACAAGCACACUGUCACCGGCUCGAUCUUGGGCAACGACAUCGCUCGCAUCGAUCUGUUCCAGAUAUUGCCCUUAGCAGUGAACCUGUUCGCCAAGAAGAAUCCUGAAGAAGCAAGCUACUUGGACCUUUUGCACCAGAAUUUGUCUCUGGCAACUUUGUUCUUUUCCAUUGGCAACAAGUACGACUUGACGAACUCGUUGCAACGCCAGUUCACCACCGAAGGACUUUCUCUCGAUAGCCGUUUCUGGUGGAACAGCUAUUUGUCUGAGGAGCUUGUAGGGAGCGGGGCCCAACAGUUUGUCACGCCCAUUAUCUACGGUUACUUUAAGUCGCACUCGGCCAACUUUAAUGGACCUCAUCCUUUGGACUUUGCUUUAUUGACACGUCGUUCCGUUCACAGAGCUGGUACCAGGUAUAUGCGUAGAGGUGUCGACACCAAUGGUAAUGUAGCCAAUUUCAAUGAAACCGAACAGAUCUUCACUUCAAAGGAUCAACACGUAUACUCGAUCCUUCAGACCAGAGGCUCGGUGCCUGUCUAUUGGUCAGAAAUUAACAACUUGAAGUAUAAGCCCAAUUUGGUGAUCUCAUCUCAGUCGGCUCUUGAUGCGACCGAAAAGCACUUCGCAGAACAGGUCAGAUUGUAUGGUGACAACUAUCUAGUCAACUUGGUCAACCAGAAGGGCUACGAGAAGCCAGUCAAACAAGCAUAUGAACAUGCUGUCGAGAACUUGCCCUCUUCGCUUGCCAACAAAGUCAAUUACAUCUACUUUGACUUCCAUCACGAGUGCAGAAACAUGAGAUGGGACAGAAUUAAGUUGUUAUUGGAACACUUGAUCCAGUUGAACUACACCAGCGAUAACUAUUUCCACUACGACUUGGCCGCUAAGAAAGUUUUGUCAACCCAAACCAAGAUUGUGAGAACUAACUGUAUGGAUUGUUUGGAUAGAACCAAUGUCGUGCAAUCGAUGAUUGCCCGCUGGGUGUUCCAGAAUCAAUUGACUAAAGCGGGCUAUUUGUCCAAGGAAAAUGUUACGCCUUGGGAAGUGUUGGAUCCAAAAUUCAAUUUGUUCUUCCAAGACUUCUGGGCCGAUAAUGCCGACGCUGUUUCGUGUGCCUACUCGGGUACCGGUGCUUUAAAGACCGAUUACACGCGUACUGGUAAGAGAACUAAAAAGGGGGCGCUCAACGACUUGGCCAACUCUAUCACACGUUACUACAAGAACAACUAUAAGGAUGGAAGUAGACAGGAUUCGUUCGACUUGAUUUUGGGAAGAUACAAACCUUUCGAAGACUCAGUGACGUCUCCAUUCGUAGACAGAAGACCUCCAUAUAUUCAGUUGUUGCCCUACUUGAUGGGUACAUCGUUGCUUGUAUUGAUAGCCAUCUUGUUGUUUCCAAGAGGCUCGAUUACUGACGCUAAGAACUUGUUGGUUAUUGGUGGCUGUUUGUUCUACAACAUCCGAAGCUUGCUCUAUCUUAAUAAGGAGGGCUACCAGUUUGUCAACUGGCCCCAGUUGGUGUCGUUGGACUACUUGAAGAAGGUUGAGAUACGCAAUGCAGACGGUAACGUAUCUGGUAUCAAGUUCGUAGAGGAGGACAACUUCAAGAGUGUUGGUAAGAAGAAGAACUAGGAGUGAUUUUUACAGGUGCAGUGGCACUAGAUAAUAACUAGAAUAUAAAUUUAUAAUAUAGUACAGUAUGUUUGUG